CUCAAAGAUCCAACCCAAACAAGCCCAGCCGGGGGAUUAUGAGCACAGCGGCCCUGGGAAGGGGAAUGCGUCCUCUCGGAGCUCGCUUUGCUCGUAAAAGGAAACAAAAAGGGAUGUGGUGCUGGGACAGUGUGUGGGGAGAAGGGGCUGGGGGCGUGCCUCAUCGCUAGGCCCCUCGGGUCCCCAUGGCUUUCUGUCCCCUUCGCCUCUUCUCGCUUCCUGAAAGUUAUGCAGGGUGAAAGUAACAGUCAGUCAUGUCUGGGAGCCACCGGAGGCUGCUCCUGGAGCGCACGGGGAUGAGCCAGCCCUUCUCCAUUGGGGCAGGAGCAGUACUUCCUCCAGCCUCCCACCGCCCCUCCCUGGGUUCCAGUACCACAGUGCAGGGCUUGGCCAGAGCCGGCGUGCUGGAGCACUAGGAGAUGGGGCUCGUGCAGCUUCCUGUCUCUCUGCUGGGUGCUUUUUGAAGUGCUCUGUUUGAAUAGUUUCGUCUAGGUGUGUUUGCAGUUGGCUGCUUGCUCCCAAAGUGAACUUUCAGGUUUGUCUUUAAUAUGCUGGCUCCUUCCCAGCACGGAGAUGUGGAUUGGAGAGGUCUCAGCACCUAAUGGAGCUGAAUUAUUCAUGUCUGGUGCUGCAUGUGCGCAGCAUUCCCAAGCAGAAAGCUGUCUCCUUGUCGGAUCUGUGCACCAGGACUGCUCUUAAAAUGCUGUGCUGGCAGGACUCCAGCCAACAAGUGAGCACAUGCUGCUCGUGUUGCACGGGGAUGGCGGGAGGUGAGUGGCAGUGUGAGGCGUGGGGACCUGGACAACAUGGGGCUGUGGGAACCGCUUUACCUCCUCGUGUGUGGGUUGGCUUGCAGGGAACCACCCCGCGUUGCAUUUUGGGGUCGUGGGCUGGGACGUGCUGCUUCUUCCCCAUUCCUCUUUGUGGUGUCUUCAGUGCCCAGCCCGUUCCAGUUGGUCCUGUUUGAGCUCUUCCCUGCUUGGCAGGGCCUGGGCAGCCUCCUCCGUCGGGUGCUCCUGUUCUGCCCAUGUUUGCUGAACCUGUUUGCUCCUGGCUCUCCGAGGAGCCGGCGGACUUGUGGGCUCCUUCUGCCUUUUGUUGUGGGAGGUAUCAGCAGCCGUUGUCGCCCACCGCUGCCGUUUGCAUAGCUUCAGACCUAAAUCUGCUGCCUGUGUUUUCGAUAUUUCACCAUGGGAUGGAGCAUUGGGGCGCUGCGGGGCCGGGUGUGCUGCUGUGCCCCUUUGUCUGCACAGGGCACGGGACCACGGCUCCAGCAUGGGCUGUGUGUCACGUUUGGAAAAGGAAGGGUCUGAGUGCAGGGUGCAGAGCGGGAUGCUCCAGCCGUGUGUGCAGGAAGGUGGGCAGGAGGAGGAGGAAGGUGAGAGCAGCGCGCGGGGAGGCUUGGGGCGGCCAUCAGCACGCACAGAGCUCCUGAUUCGGCACUUUCUGCUGCUGAAAUGAGAGGUCAGUGCUUCUCAUUUCCAGCCUGCGUGCUCGCCCCUGGCUCCUGGGGUUCAAGCUCUCCGUAAUGACCUGUCAGAGAGUGGAUUAUUGGCUGCGCGGAGCCAGGGAUGCUGUGGGGAGCAGAUGGAAAAUGGUCUGGCUGCGGCAGCCUGUCUGAUGAAAGAAUCCUUGGCAUUUUUACAGUGUUUGCAUCUCUGGAAACGCACCAUGAAGCUGCUUUCCAGGCUCCUGCUUGCUGGAGUUUGAAGAAAUCUGUGUUGUGCGUGUGGUUGCUGUUUUUUUUGUUUUGUUUUUUUUUUCUUCCCUCCUUGUUUCUCUUGAAGUCACCUGUUUUUGAAGUGCUGCUCAUCAAUAGCAGCAGGCCUCCGGCACAGCAGAGCUGGAGAGGGGCCUCAUCCAGACGGGGCUCAGGGCUUCCUCCCAGCUCUGCAGCUGCACGGCCGGGUGCGGUGCUGCGGCCCUGCACGGCGGUACUGCCCGGUGCCAUCCUUCUCAGUGCCAUCCCGCGUGGCCGUGCGCCCCGGGCUGGGAUUUAUUUCCCAGGGAGGCACUGAGCCCCGCGCCUGGCAACGGAGCAGCCCCCCCAGGCAGCCCCCGGCCGUGGGUGGCAUCGGCAGGAGAGGAAUCAAUCCUCCAUCCCAGGGCUGCACUCAAUAAUUCAGAGGGAAAUGGCGAGCAGGGAAUGUGUGAGUAAUGUCUUGUUGGAGCCGGGAGCUGUGACCUGCCAGGGCCUCGCAUCGAUUGAGGGACCGCUGCCAGAUGGCUCCUGCUGCUGCAGGGACGUGAGGAUGGUUGGGGGGACUCGCGCCCUGCCACGGGCUGGGGCACGUGGUGGCGGUGGGGUGAGAGCUGGGUGCGGCUGCCCCUCUGUGCCAUCCCUUCACAUGUAACUCCUUUCUCUGCUCUCCCUUCCAGCAGCGAUGCCGUCAUCUGGGCAGACCCCGAGCGCCAGCAGCCCGAGGACGUCGUAGCGCUGCGGACCCCGGGCAGGAGGCAGGGAAGAGCCUUGAACCGUGAGGGGCCGUUAACUCUAAGAUGUCCUUGAGCAGCGGAGCUUCCGGAGGGAAAGGAAUCGAUGCGAACCCGGUAGAGACGUACGACAGCGGGGAUGAAUGGGACAUUGGCGUAGGGAAUCUCAUCAUUGAUCUGGACGCUGAUUUGGAGAAGGAUCAGCAGAAAUUGGAAAUGUCGGGCUCCAAGGAGGUGGGGCUCCCGGCGCCCAACGCGGUGGCGACCCUACCUGACAACAUCAAGUUUGUGAGCCCGGUGCCAGGCCCGCAAGGCAAGGAGGGCAAAUCCAAGUCGAAAAGGAGCAAGAGUGGCAAGGACAGUGGCAAACCGGCCCCGGGCAGCUCCUUGUUCACGGCCAGUGAGGGAGCUGGGGGCAAGAAGGAGGCUCAAGGACGCUCUGGGGACGGUGCGAACUCGGGGGGUUUGGGGCCUUCCGUCACCCCCAAGGGCUCAGAGAAGUCGGCCAAGGCGUCUCGCAGCGUGGCCGGCUCCAAGAAGGACAAGGAGGGCGGUUCGUCCAAAAGCAAGAAGGAAAGGAGUGAGGGUGCGGGGGCUCCGACGGAGAAGGAGCCUGGUGUGCUGCAGCCCCUGGCCCUGGCUGUGAGGGUGGGACAGUACGAUGGUGGCCAGGGGACGGAGCCUGCUGCUGCCACUGAGCAGCUUGGGAGUAUAGCUAUUGACACAGGAGCUGCGCUCAACCCCUUGGGAGUUAAGUCAGAGCUGGAGGACGGGGAAGGAGAGUGCCGGCAGCUGAAAAAGGUCAAAUCGGAGAAGAUGGAAUCUCCGGUCUCCACGCCCGCUGUGCUGCCCUUGCACCUCCUCGUCCCGGUGGUCAACAACGACAUCUCAUCGCCGUGCGAGCAGAUCAUGGUACGCACCCGCUCCGUCGGUGUGAACACCUGCGACGUGGCGCUGGCCACCGAGCCCGAGUGCCUGGGGCCCUGCGAGCCCGGCACCAGCGUCAACCUGGAGGGCAUCGUCUGGCAGGAGACAGAGGACGGUAUGCUGGUGGUCAACGUGACCUGGAGGAACAAGACGUACGUGGGGACGCUGCUGGACUGCACGCAACACGACUGGGCACCUCCCCGGUUCUGUGACUCUCCCACCAGCGACCUGGAGAUGCGCAACGGCCGGGGCCGAGGCAAGCGCAUGCGUCCCAACAGCAACACACCUGUGAACGAGACCGCCGCCGCCUCGGACAGCAAAGGGACCAGCAACAGCAGCAAGACCCGGGCAGGAGCGAACAGCAAAGGACGCCGCGGGAGCCAGAACUCCUCGGACCACCGCACGCCGCCCAGCGGCACGGCAGAAGACGUGAAGGCCAGUCCCUCGUCCGUCACCAAGCGGAAGAGCAAACCCCUCUCUGACAUGGAGCUCAACUCCAGCUCGGAGGACUCCAAGGGCAGCAAACGCAUCCGCACAAACUCGAUGGGCUCGGCAGCUGUGCCCCCCACCACGGUCAAGGUGGAGCCAACUGUCCUCGACCGCAACUGCCCCUCUCCCAUCCUCAUUGACUGUCCGCAUCCCAACUGUAACAAGAAGUACAAGCACAUCAAUGGACUGAAGUAUCACCAGGCCCACGCGCACACGGACGAUGACAGCAAGCUGGAGGCCGACGUGGACAGCGAGUACGGCGAGGAGCCCUCCCUGCACGCUGACGUCGGGAGCUGCAACGGUGCCGCUGUGUCACAGAAGGGCUCGCUUUCGCCUGCACGCUCGGCCACCCCCAAGGUCCGCUUGAUGGAGCCCCACAGUCCCUCCCCAUCCAGCAAGUUCAGCGCCAAGGUCCCCAGCAAGAAGAAGCUGGCAGGGGAAGGAGACACUGACCCCGGUGCCCUGUCUAACGAUGGCUCCGAGGAUGGUCCCUCGGUGGCCGAUGAGACGAGCAACGACGGCUUCGACACGCUGGAGAAGAGGUGCGUGGAUAAAGACAAGUCCAAGAAGGCAUCUGGUGCUAAGCAGGAGAAGAUGCCUUCCAAAAGCUUGAAGUCUGCCAGACCCAUUGCCCCUGCCAUUCCCCCACAGCCUAUUUACACCUUCCAGACGGCCACCCUCACUGCAGCCAGCCCCGGGUCCUCCACGGGCCUCACCACCACGGUGGUCCAGACCAUGCCGAGCAGCCCCCAACUCAAACCCAUCCAGCCCAAGCCUACGGUGAUGGGUGAGCCCUUCGCGGUCAACCCUGCCCUCACCCCUUCCAAGGAGAAGAAGAAGAAAGACAAGAAGAAGAAGGAGCCCAAGGAGGUAGAAAACCCUCUGACCCCUGGCAAGGUGUGUAGGGCAGAGGAUGGGAAGAGCCCGUUCCGGGGGGAGACGAGCGACCUCGGGACGAAAAGCGAGGGACUGCUGAACGGCUCCUCCGACCCGCACCAGAGUCGGCUUGCUAGCAUCAAGGCUGAGGCGGAUAAAAUCUACAGCUUCACCGACAAUGCCCCGAGCCCCUCCAUCGGUGGUGCCAGCAGGCUGGAGAACGCCAACCCUGCCCAACCCAUGACCCCAUUGCACGUCGUCACCCAGAAUGGGGCGGAAGCGAGCUCAGUAAAAACCAACAGCCCAGCCUACUCGGACAUCUCUGAUGCCGGGGAGGAUGGCGAGGGCAAGCUGGAGAGUGUGAAGGCAAAGGAUCCAGAGCAGCUUGUCAAGGAUGGAGCCAAAAAAGCUCUUUUCCCUCCACAACCUCAGAGCAAAGAGUCUCCCUAUUACCAAGGCUUUGAAACCUACUAUUCCCCUGGCUACCCUCAGGCAAGCCCGGGGCCCUUGAACCCCAGCAGCCAGGCUGCGGCCGAAACACAAGCCUUGAAGCUGAAGAAGGAUGAGGAGCAGGAGAACCCAGAGGUGAAGGUGAAGAGCGAGGGCGUUGAAGAGAAGAAGGCAGAGCUGGGCAGCUCCAGCCAGCAGCCCUCUGUCAUCCAGCAGCGUCCCAACAUGUACAUGCAGUCCCUCUACUACAACCAGUAUGCCUACGUGCCGCCCUAUGGCUACAACGAGCAGGGCUACCACGCUCACCUGCUGAGCACCAACCCUGCCUACCGGCAGCAGUAUGAAGAGCAGCAGAAGCAGAGGCAGAGCCUGGAGCAGCAGCAGCAGAGAGGGCUGGAGAAGAAGGCAGAGCUAGGCAUGAAGGAGCGGGAAGCAGCUCUCAAGGAGGAGUGGAAGCAAAAGCCGCCCAUGCCCCCGACGCUCACCAAGGCCCCCAGCCUCACCGACCUUGUCAAGUCGGGGCUGAGCAAGGCCAAGGAGCAGGGAGGUGCUGACAUGGCCAAAUCCGUCAUCAUCCCCAAGCUGGAGGACUCGUCCAAGCUGUCGGGCAGCCAGGUGGCCGAGGGGCUGAAGGUGAAGCUGAGUGAGGCCGGCCACCUUGGCAAGGAGACCGCAGAGACAAAGGGAGGCUCCGAGUGCAGUCGGCAAGCAGAGGUGGACCCUGUGCUCUGGUACAGACAGGAAGCAGAGCCCCGGAUGUGGACCUACGUUUACCCGGCGAAGUACUCGGACAUCAAGACAGAGGAUGAGCGAUGGAAGGAGGAGCGGGACAGAAAGUUGAAGGAAGAAAGAAAUCGAAGCAAAGAAGUGGUGUCCAAGGAGGAUGGGAAAGAGAGCACCAGCUCCGAGUGCAAACUGACCCCCACUGAAGAAGCUCGCAUGGUGGGGAAGGACCCCAGGCCCAGUGUGCACGUCCCUGUAUCCUCCCCCCUCACGCAGCACCAGUCCUACAUCCCCUACAUGCACGGCUACUCCUACAGCCAGUCGUACGACCCCAACCACCCCAGCUACCGGGCCAUGCCCACCGUCAUGAUGCAGAACUACCCAGGCUCGUACCUUCCCUCCAGCUAUUCCUUCUCGCCAUAUGGGAGCAAAGCAUCUGGGAGUGAGGACAGCGACAAGUCCCGCGCCAGCCCCAGUGUCAGCUGUAAGUCCAGCUCUGAGUCCAAGGCCCUGGACAUCCUGCAGCAGCACGCCAGCCACUACAAGAGCAAAUCACCCACGAUAAGUGAGAAGACAGCUCAGGAGAGGGACCGCAGCGGCUGCGGGGUGGUAGGGGGCAGUGGGAGCUGCAGCAGCAUUGGAGGAGCCGGCGGUGGGGAGAGGAGCACAGAGCGGCCCCGGACCUCACCAUCUCAGCGCCUGCUCUCCACGCACCACCACCACCACCACCUCGGGUACUCGCUGCUGCCGGCACAGUACAACCUGCCCUAUGCAACAGGUCUGUCCUCCACGGCCAUCGUGGCCAGCCAGCAGGGCUCCGCGCCCUCCCUCUACCCGCCGCCCCGCAGGUGAGGACGGUAAGGCUGCCGUGGGGCGCUGGGCUUGGCCCCGGGGCGCGGGCUGAGCCCUUGGCUCCAGCAGGACGUGACGCCGGGACCGGGCUGUGCAGCAGGCAUGUGACAGGCUCACAUGGGGACGCACCGGAGACUCCUGUAGACAUCAGUUGAAUGGUGUUGAUUGUUCUGCUGGACGUUCUGCCGCCGUCUGAGGCAGACUCUGUCCUCUCCCCCCGUCGGACACACACUGAGCCCCACAGCCCUUUGGUGAGCGGCGAGUCGGCACCUGCGGAAGUAUUUAUUCUCCUGGGCUCCGGCGCUCGGGAUGGGAGCAGAUCGCCCACCUGGUGCAUAUGAAGAGGAAACGGAAGCACUGAGGUCUCUGGAUGAAUUUGCGGCCUCGCCGUGGGGCUGAGCAGCGUGGGGCAUGGGGC